AUGGAAGAGCUGGCUACUUUACCAAGCGCAUUUUCAGUAGGAAUACAUGGCCUUCGUGAUCGUGCUCAUUUACAAGAUUCUGAAUACUUUAUCGACAAAACACUCUUGUUUGAACAUGAACAAGAUCUGAUAGAAAGAUUGGCAAAUGAACUUGCACAUUAUUUACAAGAAGAGGUCAAAGCAUGUACUGGUGAUCAAGCACAAAUGUCAGAGACAGCGGCUUUGUGUUCAGUACAAACGAAUGAACCAAUUAUAGAGUUUGACGAAGUCAUGUUCUUUAAUUACAAUGCGUCUAUAGAAUCAUCCACACCAAACCAAAUUACCACAGAUUUAAGUGCUCGCUGUUCUUUUGGAAAAUGUAUACCAUUAUCGGAGUUUAAUUUAAAUUCUAAUGAUGAGGGCUUCGUAAAUGAUUUAGGAGAGUAUGAAGCACUGGACGCAGAACGCACCAUAAAUGGCGUCGAUGAUCAGUUCAAUCGAAACUUAUUAGCAUCUGAUCAAAUUUCUAUUCUACUUUCCAGUACUGUCAAUGAAGUCGAGCAUGAAAGAUUUUUGGCAGAUUCGGCAUUCAUCAUGCAAGACAUUCUUGAACUAACUGGUAACUAG